AACACGGGCUCCGCCGGAUCCGACUUUAAAGGCUUCACUCUGCUGAUGCCAGCAGUGUCGGUGGGAAAUGUCGGUCAACUGGCAAUAGAUCUAGUGAUUUCCACACUCGGCAUGACUAAAGUCGGUUACUUCUACACUGAUUGCCUGGUGCCAAUGGUUGGAAAUAAUCCAUAUGCAACAGCAGAAGAAAACUCAAUGGAACUAAGUAUAAAUGCUGAAGUGUAUUCAUUACCUUCGAAGAAACUUGUAGUUCUGCAGAUCAGAUCACCCUUUAUAAAGAACAAGUACAGGCCGUUCUGUCAAACGCUCCUUUCUUGGGUGAAAAGCAGCAAAUGUGCCAGAGUCAUUCUUCUGUCUAGCAGCCAUGCAUACCAGCGCGAUGAUGAGCAACUUCUUGGGACACCACUGCGCUACCUACUUACACCUGAUUUUGAGAAAGCAGUUGGAGGCCUUAUGCAGGAGCUAAACUGGAAAGAAAUGGAAAAAGUAGCAGCUUACCCUGGAAUAAAUGAUACAGAAAAGGUUCUACAUAUUCCUGGAGGUGGCAUCACAAAACUAUUGUUUACUGAGAGUUGUUCAAAAGGAAUCCAAAUGGCAGUUCUUCUGAAAUUCUGCUCAGAAGGGGACAACAUCCCUGAUGCAUUUGCUCUUGUUAACUAUCUUAAUGAAUGGCUCCAGCUAACUAAAAAUGAAAACAACAAUUCCACAGAUACUUCUCCACAAUGGAAAAUACCGAGUUCUUGGCGCUUACUUUUUGGCAAUGGUCUUCCACCUGCGCUCUUCUGAUCAGUUUUGAAUUCUUCAAGUCACGUGUGCAGUCUCAAACAUCCCUUUAGAAGGUGAUUACAAAGUAAUUGCCAAGCAACAGCAGCUUAAUUUGUUGUGUAUAUAAAUUCUUUAUUUAAAAAUAAUUCCUUUCAUAUAUGUGGAUAGCUAAAGAAAUUAAGGUAACUUUCACAAAUUGACCAAAAAAAUGUUUUGUACAGUUGUUUAUUGAAUAACUUUUUUCUAAUAAAAUAUUUUUUAA